ACUGGUUCUCUGUUACACACUGUUAGCAGGUACUGGAUAUGUACUGGUUCUCUGUUACACACUGUUAGCAGGUACUGGAUAUGUACUGGUUCUCUGUUACACGCUGUUAGCAGGUACUGGAUAUGUACUGGUUCUCUGUUACACACUGUUAGCAGGUACUAGGCAUGUACUGGCUCCAGAAUGUGUCUGUGUUGGUCAAGUCUGAUCUUGAAUGAGCUCAUUUGGUGCUAUCACAACACUGGCAGAUUGGGUUAAUAUAUAGGAGUAACCCGUGGACGAGUUAUUUUCAGUACUGUUUAUUUUCUUACAUUAUUUUUCAUCAGUGAGUUCUGAUAUGAUAAUCAUUUAUUGUGGAAUUUUUUUGUACCAUAGAUAAUUAGGCACUUAGGUGCGCCCUAGUUUGUCUUCCAGGCGGUAAUGACGCCUCGCUUAGCUGAGUCGCUUUUACUGCUCCCGGGGCAGUUUGUUUUUCAGCAGGUAAAUUUUUACUUUCGGGCAUGAGUCCCUAGGGGUUGACCAAUAUGUUUUUCCAUUGUAUUUUGGUGUGUUUUAAACGAAUCUGACCUUCAUUUUUGGCGGAAAUUGCUAGUUUUUGCCCCCCCCCAAUUGAUAGUGGGGGAAAGCCUGGGAAAUUGAGGUUUUAACCUAACCCCUAGCCAGAGGGCUCUGUCCCUGGACUCCCGGUAGGCUUAGCUUAAACUAACCUAACCUAUCCUAUCCUAUUCAUUUCCAACUAAUAUAAAUGGGGUUCAAAAGACUCAAAAUAAUGAGAUCUAAAUGUUUCAGUAGUUUUAAACUUUGGGGCGCCCCAUGUCCGAAAGUACAAUACCUUAGUUAGAAGUGGAAGGACCAGGGAUAGAUUCAGGGUCAACCUCUGAUGCUAGUUCCUUCUAAAUUUACAAGGCAAUUUACAGUGCGGGCACUCAACAGACGUAGGGAGAACACCUGAUUGUGUAGGAAUUGGAUAGCUUGAUCGUCUUUCUCGUAAAACUCGGCAAUAAACUUAAAAUAAUCGUAGGAUCACGAUUCACACCCAACCUCUACCACGGCCAUUGCUACACAGGGCAUUGAAAUUGAAAUCCUUCAAAUCUGUACCUUGGCUCCUCCCUUUAAAAAAAUAAAAUUUUGAUUGGUCGAAAAAAAUUCGCGUGAUGAGAUGGAUAUGUCAUUGUUCACGACUGGAACAUGUCACGCGUGCGUGAUGUAAACGCGCUCAUAAUUAGCUCGCAUUCACGACGGUAACAUCUCCUCACAUAGACGAACACUGAAAAGUACGUAAAUUUAAUUAAAUUCAAUUGUGUCAUUACUGUAUUAUCCAUUUCUGCCAGAAUAGGGAGAUCUAAAUGUUUCAGUAGUUUAUAACUUUGGGGCACGCUAUGCCCGAAAGUAAAAAUAAUACCUUUCAGCAUGUCGUGUGAAGGUUGUCGCUGGUCUUACAUGUAUGUAAUUUGUGAAUCUAGGGAUAAAGACAACGAGACCACGGCAUUGUUCCUUUAAAUAGAGACUGUCCACACUGCAGGAAUUCCUGUGCUUUCAGAUGAGCUGAUCAGUGGUGAAGAGGAUAAAAAUAUCACUUCCUCAGUUCCAUGGCUCGAUGUUUCCCGCCAUCACAAUAAAUCACUCUGCCGCCUGGGCUGCAUAGUGCCGAUGCACUGUAUCAUUUUAUGUCCAGAAAAUGCCUCAAAUUUCACCAUAUGAUAAGUGUCAGUACUGUGUAGAUCACCAUGCAUGGUACUGUGGUAAGAGGCGGACACUGACCAAGACACCAUUUCCUCAUUCAAGUUGCAUCACUCUAUCCUCUUGUAUCUAUUACUUAAGGUUGAUGAAGAGCAACAGUAUGAGUGUGACAGUCAGCCUAGAAGAUGCAGCUCACAGUAGAUGCCACAUCUUGCUGUACAGUAAAGUGGAGAAUGCAGCUGAGGUACGUCAGUUAAUAAUGAAGGGCCAGGUGGAGGCCAGUCUAAUUAAACCUGCGAUGGUCGUGGACACCUUCCAAGUAAUAGUGGCGGCAAACAAAGCUGUACGGUCUCUGGCUGCCAAGAAGAUGGUGACUCGUUCCGUCUUUGCCGAAAUCAUUUUUAAUUUGUCCCCAACAAAAAAUAUUACAGAUUCACUGAAGAACUUUGGCCUAGGUGAUGGUGACACAGAGAUUCUGGCAGUGGUUCUGGAUGAAGAAUCUGGAGAAAAAGUGAAGAAAUUAAAGAGCCAGAUAAGAGGAGAGUUCCAUAGCUCAGUGGUAGAGCAUUAGUUUUGCAAGCAAAGGGUCCCAGCUGGUGUGGAGGACUGGGUCCCUCCUUGUACACUAAUCCUUAAACACUCACCAGUGAAAUGAGUACUGUACACUAUCUGCUGUGUUGCUGGUGGUGAAACAGCCUUUGAGUGGACUAGCACCCUGCCAAGGGGUAGGGUAAGCCACUUGUUGCUGAAUGCUAAGAAUAUGGGGAAGAGCACCUGUCUGGCCAGCCUGCAUCAUGGCAGGAUUGAAUGCAUGAAAAGCUACUAAAAACCUGAUAAUAAUACCAACUUGGGAAUGCACGUGGGGAGAAUACACUAGUAGUACUGUACUGUAUUGUCUUACAGAAACAAUAUUAUGGGAUUAAAACCUUUUAAAGUA